CACUUGCAAAGCUGAAACAACUGACAACAAAGGUAGGCACUCAGCUGAGAGACCGACCGACCGACCGAUCGUUCGGCUUGGAUGGCGGGCGGCAGCAAGGUUCGUGAGUGGAUGCGGAGGCGGAUGACUCCGAGGAGGAAGCCGGCCGGGAGCGAUGGCGAUGAGGCAGCGUCGGCGCAGUCGUCGCCGAGGCGGAAGCUCCGGGCGGGCGCGUUCGCCUCGGCGCUGCGGUGGAGGAAGCCGCGCGGGAACGUGCUGGCCGCGCUGUUCCAUCGGGUGGCGUACCACCUGCUGUGGCUGGUGGAGUCCGUGGUGGUGGUGGCGCGGCUCUGCUUCUUCUUCGUGCGCUUCGGAUUCAGGCUCUGAAAGGUCUUGCUGAAACCUUAAUCACGCCGUGCUGGGGAGGGCAAGCAAAGAAGCGGGAGAACGGCUCGAGUCUUGCCGUUCCAACUCCCAAGUGUGAUUUGUUGAUUCUUUCAUUUGUUUUCGUUCUUCUUUGUUCGCCAUUUCUCUGUGGCUUUCGACUUCCACCACCAGAAGCUGUAAAUAAACUGUUCUCUGUUUCUCUUUUGGAGAAUAUGUAUUGCGUUCCAUUGUCUUCACAAGGAACUGUUUUCCUCUUCCUAUUUGAAAACGGGAGCCCCUGACCCUGCCCCAGUGCCGUCCCUGCGCAUGUGCGGCCUGAGCGACCGCACAAGGCCCCCAAAUCUCAGGGACCCUCAAGCUGGGUCGACCUGGGUAUAUUCUUCCUUGCGCUUAUCUUUUGAAGGUUCAGAGAGCAGCGGCUUGUCA